AUGGAAAACGGGCAUUGUUUUAGUGAUUCCUGCGUUAAUACGAUAAGUAAUUCGCCUCCAACGACAAGUUUAACAUUCCGCCCGAAAGGUUCAUUGGCUAGAGCUUUACUCGAAAAACAGAAGCACGAUGAGUUUUUGGACGCUUUCGAUAAGAGAACGUGGUACCAAUGCAAUUUUUCCUUACUAUCUACAUCGCUCGCCACGAAAUUCGUCCAACUGCAUCCCGACGAAGACACCCUUCAAUUUUUGAAGCAAUCUGAGAAAAAAUCCGAUUGGGUUUUUACGCAAGUGUGGCAUUCCCUAAUCAAGCUCGUUUUCGGACUUUUUAUGACCCAAACAUCCAUCAACGGGUGGCUUCGGAGAGGCUCGAUGUUCGUCAUUUCGCACCAACAAUUUAAACAAUUAUUACUACCCUCAGCCUUCGACCACACCUGGAAAUCGGAAACUUUACUAGAUCUUGGAGCCGGUGAUGGAGAAGUUACCGCACAAUUAGCACCAUCAUUUAAGAAAGUAUACGUUACAGAAGUUUCCAAAACUAUGAGGAGUCUCCUUGAAAUGAAAGGAUAUGAGGUGUUAGAAAUCGAUAAUUGGCACGUCGAUAGAAAAUACGAUUUUAUAUCUUGUUUGAAUCUCAUCGAUCGAUGCGAUACACCGCUGGAGCUGUUGCAGCAAAUCAGACACUCGUUGAACCCGAACGGUGUGGUCCUGCUAGCAGUGGUUCUUCCUUUCUCGGCCUACGUGGAAUAUGGUUCUCCGGAUCACAAACCUAAGGAAUUGUUGCCGAUAAAGGGACCCGAUUUCGAGCAGCAAGUCGAAAGCGUGGUUAGAGACGUUCUGAAUCCGAACGGUUUCGAGGUGAUAUCGUGGAGUCGAGUUCCUUAUUUGUGCGAAGGGGACCUGCAACAGUCUUAUUAUUGGUUGGACGAUGCGAUUUUUUUGCUUAGAUUGAAAUCGAUUUAA